AUGGUGGCAGCCCGAGACGCGACGCGCCGGCGCAAGGCCGUCACCGCGCUCGACGCCCCGCUGCCCCGGCGCGCGCUGAGCCCGACGUUCCGCCUCCCGACGCCAGUGCAUGGCACGCGCCAAGCGCGCCGCCCGACGCGUCUCGGGAAGCAGCUGCCCGAUCGGUUCAUUCCGCUGCGUGGCGCCAUGAACAUGGAUUACUGCGCGUACCUCGUGGCCGAGCCAGACGUCAUUGCGAGCCCGGAGCCACUGCCGACGCACCGCGACAUGCUCAUGGCCCACCUCGUCGCGUCGCCCGAGGAAGGUACACGUCUCCUACGCUACCGGCCGCGACCGCGAUCGGUGCCAGAGCCACCGGCGCGCCUCCGCCACCAUGAGCUCGACAUGGCGCGCAGUGAAGGGCGUCAUAUACCUACUGUACCGACGCGCAUCUUGGACGCGCCAGAGCUGCGCGACGAUUACUACUUGAACCUCGUGGCGUGGGGCUCCGAGAAUGUGCUCGCCGUCGCCCUGGGCCAGCUCGUGUACCUCUACAACGUCGAUACAGGCAGCAUCCAGGUGCUCCAGGCGGCUACCACGACGCCCAGCGACUACGUGACGUCGGUCGCGUGGACGAGCGACCGGCAACUCGCAGUCGGGACGUGCAAGGCCGAGCUCCAGAUCUGGGACGUUGUCGGCUCCAAGCGCAUACGCACCCUCGAUGGCCACGACGAGCGCAUUGGCGCACUCUCGCACAACGCGUCCACCUCGAUCCUCGCGUCCGGGUCGCGCGACACCAAGAUUCGAUACCACGACCUCCGAAGCACGCCUUAUGCUGUCUCGACACUGCGCGGCCACACACAAGAGAUUUGCGGCCUCGCGUGGUCGCCCGACGGCAAGACGCUCGCGUCGGGCGGCAACGACAACUGCUUGAGCCUCUGGGACGCAGCGAUGCACGUUUCUGCGCCCCGCUGCACGCUGCAGGAGCACACGGCUGCGGUCAAGGCCCUCGCGUGGUGUCCGUGGGAGCGCCAUUUGCUGGCAUCGGGCGGGGGCACUGCCGAUCGCUGCAUCAAGUUCUGGAACGGAGCAUCGGGCACGGCGCUGCAGAGCGUGCACACCGGCUCCCAGGUGUGCGGACUGCUCUGGUCCCCAUACGAGCGCGAGCUCCUCUCGUCCCACGGCUUUUCCCAGAACGAGCUCUGCCUCUGGAGCUACCCGCGCAUGGCCCGCCUGCGCGAGUUCACGGGCCACACGGCGCGCGUCCUGCACAUUGCGCUCUCACCAGACGGUGGCUCGGUCGUUUCGGCGGCGGCUGACGAGACGCUGCGGUUCUGGAAUGUCUUUACGCUCAAAGGCGCAACACCGGCGCGGUUCGGGUCCACAGCGCACUUUUCGACCCACUGCGGCAUCCGGUAG